AUAACGGGGGGGUUGAGAGAGACCAGGGGAGUGAAUAACGGGGGGGUUGAGAGAGACCAGGGGAGUGAAUAACGGGGGGGUUGGAAGGCAACUGGGCUUUGUGAGUUGCAUUGUCAUGAAGAUGAUGAUGAUGAUGAUGAUGGUGUUGGUUGUACCGUAGCGAUGGGCGUGGGUCUUAUUCAGUUUAGAAACUUGUGUGUCUGGUUCUAACGUUCUUUGGUUGUUUCUGCUUUUUCUACCUACAGUGUUUACCGUUAAAUUAGCAAAUAAAUACAUAUACAAAUAUAGAUGAGCAAACAUAUUGAAAUAGAUAAAUACUUUUUUACCUAAAACAUCCUUUUUUUAAACAUAGUUUUAUUUUUUAACCGAUAUGCAACAUGAUGAUGUAAAAAGCCUCGACACAAGCAAAGCAGUUCAUGAUGACCCCUAACCCCCCCUCCCCCCCCCCCCCCCCCCAACCCCCCCCCCCCUCCAGUCGGCGCCGGCGGAGACCCUCCGGAUGCUGGACACCCAGACGGUGGCGGACCUGAAGGCUGAGAUCGCCUCCCUGAAGGGCCUGAUGCUCAGCAGGAGGCAGUUCCCCGCCUCGCCCUCCAUGCCCAAGAUCCCCGCCUGGCAGAUCCCCCUGAAGGCCCAGCCGGUGUGCAGCGGCCCCCCGGCCCCCCACCCCGCCUCCAGCCCCCCCCCCGGGGGCAGCAGCAGCAGCGACAUCUCCCCCGUCAGCCAGGACUCCAACGCGUCCUCCCCGGCCCCCCAGGACGGGCUCCGGGGCCCCGAGGGGCUCCGGGGCCCCGACGGCGCCGACCUGGUCAACGGGGACGGGGGGGCCUGCGGCGGCGUUGGCGUAGCGGUCGCCCCCCAGGACCAGGUCCGCAUGGAGGUGCAGGGGGAGGAGGAGAAGGGGGAGGAGGAGGGGGAGGAGGAGGUGGUGGUGGUGGGGGCGGAGGAGGAGGAGGAGGGGGAGCUGGUCAUCAUGCCCACGGUGGACCGCCGGGGGGGCGACGGACAGAUCCACGAGCCGGUGGACAAGCUGCGGCGGCCGGAGGGGGCUAGCAACGACCACGAGGUGGACUAGAGGAGGGGGGGCCAGACCCCCUGCAGGCUCACCCCCCCCA